AGUGUAUUUGCAGCCAUCUCUAUCUAUCCCAGGUGCUUUUUCUCCACAAAGACUAGUAUCUACUAUCUAGAUUGCUCGUCUAGAUUCAAUCCAAUAAAUGAGGUAUAUCCUGUGCAUUAUGCAGACACGUGCACGCCAUCCAAUGCCAUCAACCUACUUACUACGGUACUCCAUCACAACGCUCUUCGGCUCGACGUACUUGCCCAACGGCCUGUACUGAAUAUCGUCAUAUCCAAACGCCCCCGGCCCUCCGAUCGCCAUCCCCUUGCGCGUCUGCGUCCAGCGCGGCGAGCACGUAAUCCCCAGAACCGUCACCAUCACGCCGUACCGGAACUCGGGCACCCCCAGCGCCCGGCCCGACUGCGUGUCCAGAACCGAAAUCAGGUCCGGCACCGUCGCGAUGUACUUCUCCGUGCCGUCCUCGGCGAUGUGCUUAGCGUAGAUGUUCUCGUUCUUGAACGGGAUCUUGAGGACGCCGCCCGUGGCCACUGCCGGCGUGCUGCUGCUGGUACUGCUGGUGUCCUCCAGCUCGCUGCUCUGGACCUGCUGGAUCGUGAGCUCGCCGUACGAAUGUCCCUUGUAGAGACGUCUUUCGACGGCGAUGAUCUUGCCACGGAACAGCACCUUGGCCGCCUCAGGCCCGCCGCACUCGUCGAUCAUCUGCUCGGCCAUCGUGCUGACCGUGUUAGUCGCUCGCGCCCGCGCGAUGCAGCGGCCAAUCCGCCAGGCCAGCGACACGGUGUUGAGCACCGCAUAGUUGAGGAUAUGGCGCUUGUUCGUCGGUUUCGCGGCCAUACCUACGCGCGAACCCAUCUCGGAGCAACUGGCUCUCAGCGCGCGAUCGACAAUCUCGUCGUUGGUCGUCCGGGUCAUGAGAAUGGUCUUGCCAUCGCCGGACGCAAUCGCACACGGAACCAGAGCGCCCUCUUCAAAGGCGCACAGCGUCGUCUGCCAGUACGUCGGAUAGGCACGACCUAG